GUUUGCUCUUCAAGACCUUAACUGCAUGAAAUCAAGAGAAUGUAUUGCCUUCCUCUCAUUCCAGGAUUUCAAAGUACACUGGCAAGCACAGAAGGGGUUUUCAAGUGCAGUCCUUCUCUCAAAAACUGUUUGAAAAGAAUGGGCAGUGCAGAAAGUCCAAGCUGAAACUAUGUGAAUGCAUGCCCAGAUUUCUUGGAUUCCUAAUCUUGUCCUAAAACCACACUGUGCCCAAAAUGUUCAGCACAGCAAGGACAUGACUCUUGCCAGCAACCGCAGUCUGGCAGAAGGCAAUCUUUUGUACCAGCCAAAGUUGGAGUCUUUGAAAGCAAAUUUGACUCAAAAAUAUCAAGAGCUGCAAGUUCUUUUUGAAGCGUACCAGAUAAAGAAAACAAAACUAGACAGCCAAUCCAGUAAUGCUUCCCUGGAGACACUGCUAGCGCUCCUUCAGACAGAGGGGGCUAAGAUUGAGGAAGACACAGAGAACAUGGCAGAAAAGUUUCUCGAUGGCGAAAUACCACUGGAUUCCUUCAUUGAUGAGUACCAGAGCAAGCGUAAACUGGCUCACCUGCGGCGUGUAAAAAUUGAGAAGCUCCAAGAGAUGGUGCUGAAGGGACAGAGACUUCCACAGGUUCAGCCGCAGGCUCAGCCAAGAGCACCUGAGACAACACCAGCACCUCAAGCUUCCUACACUUCGGAUGCAAACACUCCUCCUUCAGUGAUGCCCCGACGAAUACCACCCCCUCCACCUUCGUCAGUCCCAGCAGGACGCUUUCCUACUCCUUUUACUGCAGCCAUGAGUUCAGGACCAGCUGUUUCUUAUCCAGGUGCUCCAUACCCUCCUCUCCCACCUCGAGUAGGAGUUCAGCCUGCGAGUCAAAUGCCACAGCCAGGAUACCCGUCUCAGUUUGUACCACAGUAUCCUCCAGCUCUUCCCCAAAGACCACCUCGCCUUCCGCCGCAUCCUGGCUUUAUCCUCCAGUGAAUGUUUUGGUGCGCCUAACUUGUGUAUUGGUGCUUAUAUUUCCUUUUUCUCCCCCUGUCAGAGACUUAACAUGUAGGCAAUGGAAGGCCUCUGUUUUUUGCACAAUGGAAUGCAAAAUCUAAGCUGUGGCACGGAGGUUUGAAAUUGCAUUCAGUAAAUGUGAUCGUUUUUGUUUUCAGAUAUCAGUGACAACAGUUUUGCUUUUUUUUUUUUUUCUAGGAAGGUGAUAGGGGCUAAAUUUUGUAAAUUCAACAAAUUGUGAAACAGCGUACAGUGAAUUGACUCUGCAUUAUAAAUAUCUCUUUGAAUUCUUUAGUGAUGGUAAAAUAGAAUAAAAUUCUCUUGUGAUGUAUUCCCAUCACAGCCGGCUCUGUGUGUGGCAAAUUGGGAGCUCUUUGUGUCUCUAAAGAAUUCUCUAUCGGUGCCAGUAUUUGGAUGGUAACAGCCAUAUCUGGAUACUGGGAUUAGAGUUGCAGUGGGGCUCAUCAGUGUCCUUUGCGGUGUGCCCCGGCAGCUGCCUUGGUGGCAAGGUGCACAACCUUUUCUGAGCUCAUUGAGCAGACGCUGUUGUCAGAAGACGUUUUAUGGUUUUUAAGCAGUAGAAGUUACAAGAGUUUAAUUCCUGCAUUUCAGUUGUUACCUUGGACUUUUCGUAGUAAAAGUACACAUUCUUCCUUUUCAUAAAUAGCUUGAUAGCCUGAAAGUCCUGGUCUCUUAAAAUUAAGCUAAACUGUUUAUAGUGCCAGUUUAGAAUUUUAUAGAAAUUUUACCAGGCAUUUUUAUGUCCUUGCCUAUUAUGACUGUUUCUUAUGUUUUUUUUCUUCUCCACACCUUGGAUAUAGAAGUGAUUUUUUUUUUCUUUUUUUAAAGAAAACACAGGUGCUUAGUUUUUGAUAUCAUAUGAUUCCAGGAAUCUAGGCAGGGUAUUUUCUUAUUCAAAUACAGGGUUUUCAUAUCGUUUAAUUGCCCACUUGAAGCUCCACAAUUUCAUUUUAUCCUUCAAAUGCCAUCUCUUGUUUGGAAGAACUAUUUUUAACUUCCCCAUUUCCUCUAGGUUUGCAGUGUUUGGCACACUUAUCUAUCUAGAAUUUGCAAUUAACAUUUCUCUGCAAGCAGUCAGAACAGAGUAUUUUUUUGAACUCCAUGGUGGAUGUUUGCAUCUUAAUCCAAUUUUGACUUUUUAUGCCACUGGAGGGGGAGAUUUUUUAGGGGAGUUCAGAUUUCAUUAUCAGUGUGACUCUUGAAGUCUAAGGUGCAGACACAUGCUGGAAUUGUAAUCCAGCGUUGAGGGGAGGCAAACCUUAGCACUUGCUGCUUGCUCAGAGUAUGUCUAUAAAUUCAUUAUCAGUUUCUCACAUCCACAACCAACUUUUGCCUUUCAACUAAUUGACACAGUCCACACACAAUCCAUAAUCUGUCAUACUCUCUGCGUUAUUUCAAAACACUUUCUUAUCACUGUCCUGGAAUGCACUAUGUUAUUUGGAAGUCUCUACUACAAACGGCUUCAGUCAGAACAGAUCUGAUUUUUUUUAUUAUUAUUAUUUAUUUAUUUUUCUCUGCAUAAAACCCUUGAUUGUCCCUUAAUCAUUCCCUCUGGAGUGUGGUGGUUGCUAGCAAAUACUAAUCUGAAAUUAAUCUCAUAACAGGAAGCUCCCUCUUCUGAAAAUAGGGUUAUUUGGCUUGUUUUGCCUUCUGAAGUCAAAGGGCAGAAGGUUGGUCAGCGUUACUGGCGCCUGAACCAAUUCCCCACUGUAGGACUGGAAAGUUUCUAUAGAUGGGGGGGGUUGUGAAACAAUGUGCGUUGCAUUUGUUUGCAAAGCGUGUUUUUUCUGUAAUCUAGUGAUGGUACAGGAUGUGUGUUUUUAAAAUAGUGUAAUAUCUUUUCUUGGUAUUAUUUUCUCAUUGAGGCUUAGUAUAAGCAUGGUUAAUUAUUAAUUGUUUCAAAAUUUUGCUGUGCUAUUAGUGCUGGUAUUUGGAUGGCAACUGUUGUAUCUGAAUGCUAAACAAAUCUGCUGUAGAAAUGGUUUGUCUUGGAAAUAAUAAAAGUGGGUGGGCCUGCAAGGGUGGUGAUGAAGUUCCUAAGUCUGUUCUUGGAGCCUGCUACACAAACUCAGACACUCUCAAAUUAGUUUUGCUAACAUUUAGUAAAAGCAACCAGGUAUAUUUUACACUUAUCAAGUGCCAACUUUUUUUCUGAGGAUUGGAAAAAAAAAAACAACCUCAGAAGUGAUGGAGGUGAUAGAUAAGUGUAUUGUGAAUUUGCACUGCAUUUUAUGUAUCUAACUCUAUUGGUAUUAGUAGUCCAAAAAUAUUUUUACUACUUGUUAAAUUUUCUGUCUUUUGGUAACUUUUGUGAUAACAUGACCAUUCAGGGAUAUUUUAUCUAAAAACAAACUCUUGUGCAAACUAAAUACAGACAAAGCUAAUGCAAUGUUUCUGUCUGAAAGCAAAACAAUGCAUUAUUGCAUAUGCAUGUGGCUGAUGUGCCUUAGGAUCACUACUUGUGAUUGUACUAUUAGGAUAUUAGCAUUUUUAUCAUUUGAAUGGCCAUUGCCUAACUCUAAUUUCAGGGCUCUUCAAGAGCACUUCCUUUUACAAAAAUGUCACCCUUACACUUUAGAAUAAACAAAGGCAGUAUCUGCUAUUUGUAAGCUUAUAGUUGCCUUCACUGAUUGAUUAGUUGGAACAUAGGUAGUGUAACUAAUGUGAUGUUUCAGUUAUAGCAAUCUCAUAACUGAAAUCCAGCUGCUCAUGGGAAAUGUUUUGCCAUUAAUUGUGUGUAUGUGCGCACAAACUGAUAUGUAAAUAGAUACUUGACUGCUGGUGAUGUCUAAGGGUGAAGGAGCGAGAGGACUGUGGAAAGGUGUUUAAAUCCUUUCAGAAGCAAAUGUUAUAAGACACUAAUCUGAAUAAGCAGGGCAAGAGAGGUGUCAGUGUUUUAGACCCGUUGCCCCCGGCAGCUUCUCCUGUUUUGUUACAGCUAAUAAGUUAAAUUCUGCUAUGGCUAACGUGUUUAGAAUCAUACUAAUUUGCACUGUUUAUAAGAUAGUGAGAUUAAAAUGCCAUAGGCAAGCUGAAACUUGAGAGCAGGUGGCUCAAAUAUGCUUGCCAAAAUAUAUAUUAUUAUGUUGUCUUAAGGAUUUUUAAUUUCUGCUGCGAAUAGCACGUACUUCCCCAAAGCGAUUAGAGCGGAGAAAAAUCUUUAAAACACUAAGUGAACGCCGAGUUCAGACGCAGACGUGUAACAUGGUGGUAGUGUUGAAAAAGCUCUCUUUGGACGACGUUACUUUUGCCAAUCUUUUGUAUGCAGUUUUGUAAGUUAUGACUAAUUAAAUUGUAUGUGAUUGGGGUUCUUUUCUUUUUUUUUUUUUUUUGAAUGAUAAUCAGCAUUGAAUAGUUCUAACUCUAAGAUGAGUUUCACUUUCACUGCACUUCAGUGUUGUCUCCUCGAGGAAGCGGAGUCACUUGUCUCUAACGCAGCUGAUCCACAGAGGUCACGUGUACCGGUGGCCUAGAGGGACUAUUUUGAAUCUAAGCUUUCAAGUGGUCCCAGGAGGCAGAGCCCAGGGCGCCGUCCCGUCAUGGGUCACUGUUAACGUUUAGUGCCCCAACUUCCACAACCUCGCUCUCGACCUCUUUUGGACUCCUCCGCCCUCCCAAACUGGAAUAAUGACUUAAACAGAGAGCUCGGAUCGGGAAUUCCUCUAGCCUGACUACAGAAAUACUUGUCUAGCUUUGAGUUCAGGGGAAGGGGAGUCGUCUUGGCCCCCGAGCCCUUCCGCUCUGCAAGCCUGGACAGUCUAAUAGAGGGGCAACUUUACAUGCCUAGCAAGUUGUGAAAUGUACAGUGGAUUUGUUUGCAUAAUAAGUCUUUCUGUAAUCUACUGUGGUCUGAUUUUAAAUAAAAUAGCAUAUCUCUCUUGG